AUGCGAAACAACGUCGCUCCUCACGAGAGAACCUCGCCAUAUCAGACCUACCACUAUAACUAUCUCAAGGUGUGGCUGACUUUGUGUGUUUUGUGUGUGUGUGUGUGUGUGUGUGUGUGUGUGUGUGUGUGUGUGUGUGCGCACGCACAUGCAGGUGAAGGAAUUAUCUCUACCCCCACACCACUUCCUGGCCUUGUGGCUGUGCCUGCAGUGUCAGGUGUUUGUCUGUGUUUGGAAGAUAAAGCCAAACCUCGUGAGCUUCCUGAGACUCGUUUGGAAUCUGAGGUGGUUCCUAAAGUGGCCAGGAUGACCGUCUCGGGAAAGAAGCAGACCAUGGGCUUCGAUGUGCCGAGCUCGGAGGAGAACGGAGUCGGCCCGUCCGUCCGCAGAGGCGUGAGUCCAGAGACGACGGCGGGAGCAGCUCCGGAGACUCCUUCUAAAGCGGCGUGUGUGGAGGCGGAGGACUCUGCGGCCCCGACUCCGCCUCGCUCCACCAGCAAAAACAAACAGCAGCUUAACAUUCGCAACGAGCUGGAGCAGAGGCAGGGAGGGAAACCGCUCCUCAACCUCGUCGUCAUAGGUCACGUGGAUGCCGGUAAGAGCACGCUCAUGGGUCAUCUCCUGUACCUGCUGGGGAACGUGAACAAACGCACCAUGCACAAGUACGAGCAGGAGGCCAAGAAAGCCGGCAAGGCCUCUUUCGCUUACGCCUGGGUGCUGGACGAGACCGGAGAGGAGCGAGACAGAGGGGUGACCAUGGAUGUGGGCAUGACCAAGUUUGAGACCAAGUCCAAAGUUGUGACCCUGAUGGACGCACCAGGACACAAAGACUUUAUUCCUAAUAUGAUCACCGGAGCAGCUCAGGCGGAUGUAGCCGUGUUGGUGGUGGAUGCUAGUCGGGGAGAGUUUGAGGCCGGGUUCGAGGCCGGUGGUCAGACCAGGGAGCAUGCGCUCCUCGUUCGCUCUCUCGGCGUCACACAGCUCGCAAUCGCUGUGAACAAGAUGGACCAGGUGAACUGGCAGCAGUCAAGGUUCCAAGAAAUAACUUCCAAACUCGGCCAGUUUCUCAAGCAGGCUGGUUUCAAGGAAUCUGAUGUCUAUUACGUCCCCACCAGUGGUCUGUCAGGAGAGAAUCUCACCACCAGGAGCACAGAAGCAGAGCUCAUCUCCUGGUACAAAGGCCCAUGUCUACUGGAACAGAUAGACUCUUUUAAAGCUCCUCAGAGGUCAGUGGAGAAGCCCUUCAGACUCUGCGUGUCGGACGUCUUUAAAGAUCAGGGGUCUGGUUUCUGUGUGACGGGGAAAAUCGAAGCUGGCUUCAUUCAGACAGGAGAGCGAGUGCUGGUCAUGCCACCUAACGAGACCUGCACUGUGAAAGGUAUCUCUCUUCACGACGAGCCGCUAGACUGGGCGGCCGCCGGCGAUCACGUCAGUCUGACGGUCACAGGCAUGGACAUCAUUAAGAUCAAUGUCGGCUGUGUGUUCUGUGACCCCAAGGAGCCCAUCAGGUCCUGCACUCGUUUCCGAGCAAGAAUCCUGCUGUUUAACAUUGAAGUGCCAAUAACACAAGGCUUUCCUGUCCUGCUGCACUACCAGACAGUGAUUGAGCCUGCCACCAUCAGAAAGCUGGUCAGUGUGUUACACAAAACCAGUGGUGAAGUCCUGAAAAAGAAACCAAAAUGUUUGAGUAAAGGCCAGAACGCUGUGGUGGAGAUUCAGACUCAGAGACCUGUGGCUCUGGAGCUCUAUAAGGACUAUAAAGAACUCGGACGGUUCAUGCUGCGUUAUGUGGGUUCCACCAUCGCUGCUGGGGUCAUUACAGAGAUCAAAGAAUAAACUGCAGCUGCACGCAGAUCCUUCACAAUAUACUGACUGGACCGAGGAGCCACUGAACAAGUGCUAUUCCACCUCUGAACUGGACGUCAACCCUUCGUCCUCGUCACGAGCCCAUCCACACCCCCUCUCGCCUCUAACAAGGGAAACACUUUCCAUCUGAAGGCUCUGCGUCUCCAUGCCUUAGAUUCCCUUUAAUACCACACAAGCACAGUGUGUUCACGUUCACGACGUCCCUGAUGAACAAACAGUGAUUGUUUUAUUGUUUUAUGUAGCUUAAUGUAAAUCUUAAUUUGACUGGAAAAAUUAUGGGAAAAAAGGGCAAUUCACCCUGGAUGGGGUAAGAGGUUUUUAGGGUGCAUUUUUUUUUUUGGAGGAUAUUUAUGAAUUAAUCAUCAAGGGCUUUGUCAUCACAGUACCAUAUAUGGGUACUAUACAUUGGUCUUACAAAACACCUUUCUCUCAUAUCCACUGCUGCUGAUGAUCCUGUGUCUGAAUGGGAAUGAACAUCCUGCUCAGGUCAUAUAAAUAAAUAAAUAAAUAAAUCUACGACUGUACAGAAACCUACAGUCAACAGACCUGAGUGGAGGGAGUUAAAAGCUGCUUUGGUCAGAGUUCUCGGGGUACAGUGAGGAAGAGGAGGAGCUGAAGAACCUGUCUGAACUGCUGAGAAGAUCUGCAAGCAGGGAAACUUAUUUAAAUGUGUUUUGGGGUUUACUAAAACUGAACUUGUUCAAACAUCUGAAUGUUACUUCGGUAAUGAAAAUAAAAUCACUAACAUGGCUGCACAA